AGCUUGUGAAGUUUGGGGAACACGCACACAUCCACACAUAAAUGCGUGCACACGGUCCCAAAAUUCCAACCAAACCAUGUCAACAAUAGAGCUGGAAAAGCAGAUCGCCGGCGCCGGCCCGGCUCUCGAUGGCCACCGGUCGAAAACUACCUCACUGUCGGGCAAAAUUCUGAUUGGAGUCACCGGCGGCAUUGCUGUAGGCCUUUCCAUCGUUUGCUAUCCGUUCGUGGCACCGGCACUGCGCCGGCACUGUUUGCCGUUCGUUCCGGCCACGCCGAAUCAAAUCCGAAACGUGCUUGCGUUUGUCAAACCGGCCAACCGAGGAAGCCGGCUGCUGGACAUUGGAUCCGGCGAUGGGCGAAUCGUAAUAGCGGCGGCACGUACCCUGCCCUCGAUAAAGGCGGACGGUGUGGAGCUAAACCCCUGGCUCGUGUACUACUCGCGACUGGCAGCGCUACGCAAUGGGGUAUUCAGUCGGACCAGCUUCGUCCGGAAAGAUCUGUGGAAGUUUAGUCUCGCACCGUACGAUCAUAUCGUGAUUUUCGGUGUCGAACAAAUGAUGGAGGAUUUGGAAAAGAAAGUGCUCCGAGAGGCAGCACCGGGCACCACUGUAAUCGCUUGCCGGUUCCCCUUUCCAACGCUGAAGACGGAGAGUCGAAUAGAGGAAGGUGUUGAUUCGGUGUGGGUAUACAGACCGGUGGCCGCCCAACAGGAUGCCUGAACAGGUCUGUUAACCCAAAGUGGUUGGAAGUGGUUCGUUAGUUUCGAUUUGUACAAUACACACAAGAACCUGCUUCUUUAGUAAGUAAAAUAGUCCUUUUCGCAUUUUUAGAUCAAGUAAAUGCACGGUUUUGUAUAGACCAACCGUGAAAUUAUUUAUUCAUCCACCUUAUAGUAAUUGUCCCCAGAAAAAAAAAUAAUGCCGAAAAAUGCAUAAAUUUUAAACAGUGACGUCCCUAGCAUGAGCGCGUUUAAAAUGUAAUGGAGAGUAGAUAAAAUAUAGCUAACACAAUUAUUGUUCGA